GUUGUAUCCACACGGAGCUAUUUUGUCUCCUUAUAGCUUCCGCUGUACUUUCUGGUUCGCCGGCGUGAAUUUUGGAAGUCUGCAAACGUUAACACUACGUUGGCGGUGGUAGUUUACAGAUACCAAACAUGUCUACGGGAAGUUUAAAAUGUCCAGGCUGCGGUUCUUCCAACAUUGUUGACGACGACCUGCACACCCAAAGGCAGCUCAUUUGCGUGGACUGCGGCGCUGUGGUGUCUGAGGGAGCUUUGACCCAUGACACCUUCGAAGGCACAGAUGUGAGCUACAGUCGGACAACAGCUGUGAAUAAAAAGCCCUGUUCAAACCAGAUAAAAGGCCAGCAGCGAGUCAAAGCCAUAUGCCGAGCCCUGCGGGUCAAUGCCGAAAUUGAGACCCUGUCGAGCACCUAUUUCGCACAGGCCUACGAGCAUGAGAAUUUCAUCAAGGUAAGCUUGCAGAAGAAGGAGAACCUGGCUGGCUGCUGCGUGCUGGUCAGCUGCAGGCAGCUCAACUGGCCUGUCACCAUGGGAACCAUCAGCUGCCUGCUGGAGGCUGACACGAUGAUGAUGGGGGCUGUUUACCAGGAGAUGAUCAAGUUUCUCAAGAUCGAGGCACCACUUGUCAAUGUCACCGACGUGAUGGAGGCCCAUUGUCAAGAAUACAAAAUCACCCCAAAUGACGUGCAUGAAGACCUUGCUGAGGACUACAAAAACUUGAACAAACGAGCCUUGGCCUUGGUGGAGCUGGCUGCAGAGUCCUGGAUCGUGACAGGACGCAAACCUGUGCCCUUAAUGAUGGCCAUGGUUUAUCUGGCCUGGCAGUCCUUGAACCCCAACCACGUUCGUCUCAAAGUGAACCUGGAAAAGUUCUGUCUCAUUGCAAAGGUGAGGAAGCACAGAGCCGCACAGACAAGAGUGGCCGAGAUAAAGCGGAUGCUUUGCAAACUAGGCAAGGAGAUCCCUUGGGUCAUGGAUGCAGUCACAUCAGACAAUGUUGUUAGGCACGUGGGGGAUAUCGUGAAGAAUAGGUAUGCUUUGUUACGAAGGGCUUUGAGGACCCAUGAGGUGGCUUUGCAGGAGGAGAUUGAAGAUCCCUCUGAGACUGAAGGUGAGACAAUGUGUGAAAAGGCUGAGCAGACAGACAGGCACAACAAUAAUGGUGAAGCUGAUCAACAUCCACAACCAAACUGGGGGAAGAGGGUGCUUUUUGCCCCUCCGUGCGUGACUCACCCCAAGAAACGGAGAGUACACCCGGCAGGGUUGAAAGACGUGACGGGUGAUGAGGACAUCUCUGACAGUGAAAUCGAGUCAUACAUUCGCACCCCCCGUGAGGCUAGGGAAUUCGCUCUGACACAGGCAGAGUUUGUAACGCAAAGUGAGACCCCCAAAUGAGGCUUUACUCUUUUUUUUGUUGUUGUUCAUACAGUAAUUUCACAAGGUUUGCAAAAAUUAAUGCAAUCCAAUACAAGAGAUGCAACAAAAAAUAACUAGCUUUACAAAGAUAGCAAUGCUCAUUUUUGACUGACACUUUUACGUAGGUGUGCUCGCUUGGUACAUAACCAAUGUCCGCAAAAUUAUGCAGACGUGUAAGAAUUUUUUGUUUGUGACUAAUGCAACCUUUUGUAAAUGUUGUUGGAUUACUGGAUUAACUAUGAAAGUGACUGCAAAUGUAGAUGUUCAUUAAAACUAUUUUUUUAGGAAGAUACACAAGCUGCCAGAAUAAUUUGUGAAUGCACAAUAUUUAAUAUUCCUGAAUUAUUUCAAGACUCAAGCAGCAGACUUUCAAGAAGGAUCAGUCACACUAUUUAAUUGCUAACCUCAAGCAUAAGACAUUUGUCUUUAUUCCUAGCAUCUGUAAUAAUAACAGUAAAUAUAAAUACAUUACAAAGUAGAUGUUCUCACCUUUUAAAAGAAGAGAUAUUCAUAGAGUUGUCACACACACACAGAAAAUUAACAUUAGAUUAACGUUAACUCUUUUUUUUUGACAUGCAGUCUUAUCAUCACAUCUCCCUUAUUUAGUACCAAGUCCAAAAUAGAAAUGAUCACAAAUGACGAAUAAUAACUCUAUGAGCUACCUGCAAAAUGUAACAAAGUAUUAUAAUGGUUUUCCUCCAUGCCAUCACAAUAACAUCAUUAAACAAGAAAACAAACUGUACACUAAUGGGGCACCGACCACAUAGGCAACACAAGUAAUUUGCGAUUCGACACCAAUAAUCUAGCAGAUACAAGUCAAUACUGUAAGUCAUUUGAAAUACUUUUCUUGCUGCUUGUUGCUAGGCAGACAUCUUUGGGCUCAAUCAUAGGGAUGUAACAGUACACUGAUCACAUCAUGGUUCGGUAUGUACCUCAGUUUUAAGGUCACUCUUCGGUGACUAACUAUGCCACAACAUAAACAAUACAAAAAAGGUCUUUUACAUUAAAAUAACUAUUUUACUAUUGUCACAUUUAGAACUAAACCUUGUGUGUGCACGAAUUUCCCCAC